AACCUUCUCUGGGAAAAUCAUUCGUUCGUCGCCGGAGAUCUUCCAUUUACGAUCAUUUCUCACAAAGUUUGAGACGACUCUCAUCAUCCAAGGCAAACAGAAGAUUGUCAGCUAUAAGUGACAGGUUAUGCGCAAAGCCAUCGGAAAAAUUACCCAGUGAAGGUAUGCUUAAAAAGCAAACUUCUGAUAAAUCUGACCAACUGGGAAUGCCAUCCAAUCCAGUUUCUAUCGGUAAAACGUCAGACAGUUCGCCUCUGAGGCAUUGUGAGUCCCUACCAUCGUGUACCUCAGGUCGGGACACACCUGAUAGCUUCUUGCCACCCCUGGGACGCUCGGAGGAGAUGAUUGAUUUAACUUUGGACGAAGAAAUGUCUGCAAAUGACUUUGCUGGUGAUCUGAUGGACAGAUUAAGCUUGGAUGGUUCAGACCAUGGCGAUGAUAAUGAAUGUGUGUAUGGCUUGUUCAUGAAAGAACACCAUUGCUAUGAUCUUAUCCCGACCAGUUCAAAGUUGGUGGUGUUUGAUACAAAACUACCAGUGAAGAAAGCAUUCUACGCACUUGUAGCAAAUGGGCUCCGUGCUGCCCCCUUGUGGGACAGCGACCGCCAGGAGUUUGUAGGAAUGCUGACGAUCACGGACUUCAUUGUCAUCCUCCACACCUAUUAUACCUCACCUCUUGUUAAGAUGCAUGAACUGGAGGAACACUUGAUCGCAACAUGGCGUCAUUCGCUCAACACAACUAAACUGGUUUCCAUAGAACCAGAUGCAAGCUUAUAUGAAGGAUUGAAACAUCUCAUUAAGAACAAGAUCCAUCGGCUUCCAGUGAUGGAGGCAACUGUUGGGAAUCCUCUGUAUAUCCUCACACACAAGCGAAUACUCAAAUUUUUGUACCUUUUUGUUCAAGACUUGCCAAAGCCUGAGUUCAUGAAGAAGACAUUAGCUGAAGCGAAAGUGGGAACUUACACAAGUAUUUGCACCGUUACUGAGGACACUCCCAUCAUAGAGGCAUUGCGUCUCUUUGUUCAAAACAGAGUUUCUGCUUUGCCUGUGUUGGAUGCCCAAACAGGAAAAGUAGUCGACAUUUAUGCCAAGUUUGAUGUCAUUAAUCUAGCUGUUCAACGUUCUUACAACAACUUGGACGUCUCAGUGAAACAAGCAUUGUCACACCGACCACUCCGGUCACAUGACGGUGGGGUGUUACGUUGUUAUUUACAGGAAACCAUCAGCGCUAUACUGCAACGAGUUGUUCAAGCUGAGGUUCACAGAUUAGUGGUGGUGGAUAAAGAAGACAAAGUGAUUGGAAUCGUGUCUUUGUCAGAUCUACUGAGUUUCAUAGUGCUUAGACCAUAUCGAGAGGGUUAAAUUUAGUUACUGCUCUCAUCAAAUGCCUUGACUUGGAUCAGAAUUAUUUUUAUCACUUUUUACUGAAUUAAUUUUCAGAGUUUUAUGUCAUUCUUCAUGAUGUAUUGCCAAAAUGUUACGCUAAGCUCUUUAGUGUAGAUUUUAUGUACUUAAUAACCAGAAAUUUGAAUGGGGUAGAAAGUGUUCUAGUGGAUACAUACUACUUUCGCAUAAAAGGGUUGUAGCAAUGUUCGCCAAGUGAUAAAAACUCACUUCGCGCUUGGAUUAUAAAAAGUUAUUUUUUCUACAGCACUGAUAUGUUUAGUUAAAAAUGUUCCUUUUUGUAAUUUUUUCGGUCCAAUCAAAAAUCAUCUGCAAAGGGCUAGUAUUUGCUUAGGACAAUUUCCACAUCUAAAAAAGCAGGGUUUAUGCCACCCUUAUGUAUUGGUUCUUUAUAUUGUACAACCUCUGCUAUAUAGUAGGAUGGGGGAAGAUGGGACACAUUCGGUGCAUAAUAUCCAAAUAACCUGAUCGUGUUUUAAACAGUUAACAACGGUCUAUGGGAAUCUUGAGCAUAUAGUUUUAUAAUUCUUUGAAAGUUCCUUGUUUACUACCGCAUUGGACGUGAAAAUAGAGUUAAAAUGUGUCCCAACUUCCCCCACCCUACUAUGUAUCUUUUUUCUGAUUCGAUCACACAUUUUUAUGCUCUGGAUUAAUUACUGAACUUUUUACAUACUUCUAUCAGUAGGUUAUGUUUUUGGUUGAAUUUUGCAUGGAUGUCAUUUGUAUCUUAACUAAUGUUAUAUAUAGGAAAUUGAGUUUCAUAUGAAAUCUAUGGGUGUACUUAGUGUACAAGUGCUUGUUUUUUCGGGCUCUUGAAUUGCAUUGUUAAAUGUAUGCAGUUUUGAAGGGUUAUGUUACUUUAAUGUGGUGGUCGCAUACUUUGCAAACAUAGCUUUACAUAUUCCAAAUGAAUUGUCACCACAGAAGUGUUAAUAAUUAUACAAUCAUGCUUUUGAUCCUAGCAUGUGCAUAACAACAUCUUAUGGUAAUGUUUUGUAUUAUGUAAGCUUCAUUUGACCCAUUGUGACAAACUGGAAAACUUUUAUUAAAAUUCUGUUCUUUAAAAA